UUGAGGGAGAGUUUGUCAAUAAAAAAAAUUAUAAAACAAAAAUCCUUCCACUUGAACAAUAUAAUUCACGACCAUUUUCAACAGAAAAAUAUUUUUCCUCAACACAGAACAGUAAACAAGAGAAAUGUCAGAUAAAAUUUUUCAUUAUUAUGAUAGUUUCUUCAACUGUAAUGUCUGUCAUGUAUGUAAAGAAUUAGGAGAACCCUUGAAAACUUGUUCUAGGUGUAAAACUGUAUCGUAUUGUUCCCGAAAACACCAAAAAAUAGAUUGGAAAUCUCACAAGGAUAUAUGUACAGUAAUUUCGUUAACAAAUAGUUUAUGGGAUCAAUUAUCCCUGGCUGGAUAUGAGAAUAAGGAUCAAAAGAAAAAAAUUAUGUUUUCAGUGUGGAAAGAUAAACUCAAGCGGGAUCUUAAUGAAUCUGAAAUGCACAUGUGGAUGUUUCCCAGAAUUUGUGAAUUCUGUUCCUCACGGCAAGUUACAACUAUAUGCCAAAGUUGCCAUAACGUUUGUUAUUGUUCAGAAGAACACCAAACUAGCCACUAUCAACAACACAAGAAAUAUUGUUGCCAGCUGAAAGUCAGUUUGGAAUUGGAUAUCGAAUUCUGCCGAAGUGAACUCAGAACUGAAGAUUUAGCAGUGAGUGACUUCAACGAUGAUUUGACAGUUCUUCCCAGAAGCCUGCAUGAACUCAUGAUUUUGUAUGAUGAAACAUAUUCAACAAGUGACCAUCCUAAUGCUCAGAUAAUCCAUAAAUCGAACUUUGUUUCCCCUGUAGCCAGUAUUUUGUAUGGCCUACAAUCCGGGGGGUACUUACUCAAUAGAAAUUUCUCAAAAGAUGAUCUUACCGUUCAUAUAGUAGGGGCGGAUUUAACAGAAAUGGCUUGGCUGUGGAAAAUCAUGGCAGAGUUGCCUUUCCACUGGAUAAGGAAUCUAAAAAGUCUUGAUUAUAUUGUUAUUGGUCCUGGUUUAGGACAUGACGGAAAUACUGAAGAAUUCACACACCAAUUAUGUAAUAGUUGUAAAUUGAAGGAAGUUAAAGUACGGUGUACUUUCCAUACUCAGUUGUACCACAACAUUGUGAAUUCUAUAGAACCUCCAGAUGCAGUUGUGGCGUUCAAUUGUGGUCUGCAUGAGAACCAGGAUCAACCAAAACUAGACACCUGGAGAGAGAGUAUUCCCAGUUUAUUGCAGCAUCGUGGGGUACCACUGAUUCUCACUUCCUAUACAUCAAACGAAAUUAUAAAAGAUCUCUCUGUAGUGAAAGAACUUGUUAGUUAUGUUAUCAAAACUGAACCUCACCGAAAUCCAUUUUCCAGUAUGAGACCUUUGAAAAACUUUGAGAGUCAGCAUGAGCCAGUCUAUUAUCUUAACGGAUAUAUUGCUGUCCUUGCGAAAGACUAGGAACGCUUUUUUAUCUAAUUUAUUUCACACAUUUAUAUCUACUAUUCAUAUUAAUAUUUCCUCAGAAAAUACUGCAGUCUAAUUUGUACAAUAAGGACUCGUACCCAAUCAUUUUUAUGAUUCAUUUAUCUCUCUAUGCAUAAUUUUCUAAUGUAUGUAUGUAUUCCUCAUUUUAUUAUUUUCAAUUCGUGAAUAUGUUGCCAGAUAGUUUUCAUUCAACUGGUGGGAUUGAUGAUUAUAUGAACAUUAGACAAUAAGAUUUGGUUCUGAAUGGCUGUUAUUAAAAAAUUAUACUUUCAGUAACUU